AAAAACUGCUAUCUGCAUUCAGUCGAGCAGCUUCAGGCAGUGGUUUGGACUCUCCUGCUUCUCACCACCCUUCAGAUAGAAACUAUGGCACUGGCCUGUAUUGCUCUUCUUCUUGGCUUGGCCCAUCUCCUCAACGCUAAACCUCUGGACUGUGAACCUCUUGUUCCAGAAACUCUUGAUGAUGCUACAGUUUCCAAGGCUCUGGGGAAAUGGUUCUACAUUGUUGGAGCUUCACACUACAAACCUCACCAGAAGGAAAUGGAAGUGCUAAAGAACACUUAUUAUUACUUCUUCCAGGGCAAACACAACGAUGAGCUCCAAGUCACAGAAGUCAUGAGAAUCAAUGAGAGUUGCAUUGUGGACAAGGACAUUUAUGUCACAAUAGACAGAAGCAAUUCUACAAUAACAAUAAAAGGGCCUCGUGAAAAUGGCACAGCGCAAAUCCUCCACAGCAACUUCGAGGACAGUUUGAUAAUGUACCACAUUCAAAAUGUUGAAAAAGGGAUAUCACUCUCAGCUCGGUCCCAAAACGUGAGCAAAGAACAACUGGAAGAAUUUAAAGCUCGAGCGGCUUGCCUUGGAUUUACCGAAGACGACAUGUACUAUACGACAGCAGAGGCCAUAUGUCCCCUGGAAGACGAUGACAAUGACAAGCACCCCAGCAAAGUGGAGCCAACAGCAGAGUAA